GCCGCCAUGACCUCAGAAGUUACCAUUACCAUUGCCAAUACCACCUUUAAUCAAAAGUGUGCAUUUCCGUGGCCAAUUUGGCUGCUGCUCUCUUCCUCUCUUCUCUCUUCCCUUCCUUGGCGCAGACAAUCCAAUCCAGUCACGGAGAGCCAGAGAGAGGGAGAGAGAGAAAGAGAUAUUCGGACAUGGCCACCCUACUCCAAUGCACACCACUCCACCAUUCCAUCUCACUCAUUCCAAUUCUCAAUCUUUCUCUGUUGCUUUCUUCUUCCUUUCUACUUUUACUCGCCAUCUCCCUCCCCUCCACCAUCAGAUUCUCUGAAGGCACAAGCUUUUUGCAUUCGGAAAUACUAAAGGAUGAGGCAGUGGCAAGACUCAAUGAGCUUGGAAAGGUGAGUGAUGCACAAGAAUUUCUUGCAAGGACUUUCCAGUCCCCAGCUUCUGUCAGAGCAGGAAACCUUAUUCGGUUGUGGAUGGAGGAUGCAGGUUUGCAGACGUGGGUGGACCAAAUGGGAAAUGUGCAUGGACGAUAUGAAGGGCUCAAUCCAAGUGAGAAAGCUCUGUUAAUCGGCUCUCAUUUGGACACUGUUAUUGAUGCUGGAAUAUUUGAUGGAGCUCUGGGAAUUGUUACUGCAUUAUCUGCAUUGAAGGUGUUGAAUAUCAGCGGAAUGCUUGGAAAACUCAGGCGACCAGUGGAGGUUAUUGCAUUUAGUGAUGAAGAAGGAGUUAGGUUUCAGUCUACCUUCUUAGGAAGUGCAGCAAUUGCUGGUGUAUUGCCUGUUUCAACAUUGCAUGUGCACGAUAAGAGUGGUGUCACAGUGCAAGGUGCUCUAAGAGAGAACUCUAUUGAGAUUACAGAGGAGAAUCUUUUGCAGCUCAAAUAUGAUCCUGAGUCUGUUUGGGGUUAUGUUGAGGUUCACAUUGAACAGGGUCCUGUGCUUGAGACUGUAGGCCUUCCUCUUGGUUUGGUAAAAGGCAUUGCAGGGCAAACACGAUUGAGGGUGACGGUAAAAGGAUCGCAAGGGCAUGCUGGCACAGUCCCCAUGACGAUGCGCCAGGAUCCUAUGGCUGCAGCUGCAGAACUGAUUGUAUUGCUGGAAAGUCUUUGUAAACAACCUGAGGAUUAUUUGUCCUAUGAUGGUCAGUGCACAGCAUCUACAGUACAAUCUCUUGCUGGAUCUCUUGUUUGUACUGUUGGAGAAAUAUCAACUUGGCCAAGUGCAAGUAAUGUAAUCCCUGGCCAGGUAACCUUCACUGUCGACGUACGUGCAAUGGAUGACCUGGGACGAGAAGCAAUAAUCUAUGAACUGUCUAAUAGGAUGUACCGCAUAUGUGAUAAGCGUUCAGUUCUGUGUCUUAUUGAACGCAAGCAUGAUGCUAAUGCGGUGGUCUGCAACCCUGGGUUGAGUUCCCAGCUGAAAUCCGCGACUUAUGCUGCUCUUAAACGAAUAAGUGGUGAGGAUUUAGAUGACGUGCCUAUAUUGAUGAGCGGAGCAGGACAUGAUGCAAUGGCCAUGUCUCAUCUAACUAAGGUUGCAAUGUUAUUUGUGCGGUGUCGUGGUGGGGUUAGUCAUUCCCCAGCUGAACAUGUAUCGGACAAUGAUGUCUGGGCUGCUGGUAUGGCGCUCCUGGCAUUUCUGGAGACUCUUGCUUGAUUUCAUUUGUAUGAUCCUCACAGCUUGUGAUAAACAGUCAGUUGUGGAAAUGCAACAGCUUCAUAUUCAAGAAAGGAAAAAUGUACAUAUUUGCCAUCUGAUCUUUUCUUCAUUGGUCUUGAGAAAAAUUCUUACCUCUA